ACCUAGGCUUAGCUCCUUCUCUCACCUGCUCCAAGCAGACCCAACCGAGUCCAGCCGAGCGAGGGAAAGGUCUUCCCUCUCCCCGCCCCCUUAUCUGUCCAGUUGAGGUGGGGGCCCCGUAGUAGCGCCCGAACGGGAAGUGGGAGAGCUGCGCGGAGCAGAGCUGAGCCAAACUAAGCGGAGCGGAGCUGAGCGCAGCGCCGGCCGCGACCUCCCGGGAGCUCACGACAGCGGCUCGGCGGCUGCCUGGAGACCUGUGACCUAGCCACUCUGCGACGUGAGCUGACUAUUCUGAGAUGUGACCCUCCGCCCCUGCCCAAUGCGGACCCUUCGGCCCCGCAGGAGAGCAGCAGCUAGAGGGCUCUGGGCGCCCUGGUACCUGCUCCUAGUGGCUCGGCUUCUGCUUCACUUACUGCAGCCGGGUUUCUCAGCACCUUGUAUCAGUAGUGGUUUACCUAAACCAAUCAAUGUCACUUUCUCAUCUGUAAACAUGAAGAAUGUCCUACAGUGGAAUUCACCAGAGGGUCUAAGAGGAACUGACGUUGUUUAUACUGUGCAGUAUCUAAUAUAUGGCCAAAAGAGAUGGCUGAAUAAAUCAGAAUGCAGAAAUAUCAACAGGACCUCCUGCGAUCUCUCCUAUGAGACUUAUGACCAUGAAGAACAAUACUAUGGGAGAGUUAAGGUCAUCUGGGGAAAACAUUGUUCCAAAUGGGCAGAGACAGAACGAUUUAAUCCUUGGUUAGAAACACAAAUUGGCCCCCCAGUGGUUGCUCUGACUCCUGGUGAGAAAUCAAUUUCAGUUGUUCUGACAGCCCCUGAGAAGUGGAAGAGAAAUGCAGAAAACAAUUCUGUAUCCAUGCACCAAAUCUACCCCACUCUGAAAUAUAACGUAUCAAUCCACAACACCAAAGCAAACAAAAAGUGGUACAAAUUUGUAACAAACCAUACCUUGGAGUUUCCCCAGCUGGAGUCAGAUACCCUCUAUUGUAUCAGUGUGCAAGCCUAUGUCCAAGGACCACUUCGAAAGGCUAAGGCUUCAGAUAACCAGUGCAUCACUACCUUGAAAGAUCAAACUUCAGAAUUAAAAGUCAAAAUCAUCCUUUGUUAUAUUUUGCCCAUUUCUGUUACAGCCUUUAUUUUUUCAAUAAUAGGCUGCUCCAUGUACCGAUAUAUACAUAUUGGCAAGGAGAAACAACCAACCAACUUGGUGUUGAUUUAUAGAACUGGAUAUGACCAAAGACUUUUUGCACCUGCUGAAAAAGUAGUAGUUAACUUUAUUACCUUCAGUAUUGUAGAAGAUGCCAAAACUUCCUCAAAGGAUCUGAGUUUAAUGGAAAGGGUCAAUGACAUUUCUGACGUGAGCACUGCUGAAAAUAUGGAGGGCAAGAGCCAUCAGGAGGAACCGGAAGUGAAGCACUUGGGUUAUGCUUCAAAGGCAAUGGACAUUUUUUGCGACAACAAAUGCCUUUCUCCAGUUCAACCAGGAUUACUCUGUAGUUCAAGAACAAAGAAUGAACCAGUCAUAGAAUAUGAGUUUGAUGUGAGGCCCAGUGAUACUGGUACAGAUGAUCAGGAUCAGGAGAUUAACUUGCAAGAAGGAAUAUCCUUUCAGGGCAAACUAAUGCUUGAAUCAGAGACUACGUUAGCAAAUUUUGACCAGGAAGCAUUACUCUGUUCAUACAAUCCACAGCUAAGAAAUCUCCAGCAGGGAACACGGGAAGACACAGAGACAAAGAAGAAGCAAGAGGAAGAAGAGGAGUCAAGGACGCUAGUGGACUGGGAUCCCCAGACAGGGAGACUAUGUAUACCAUCUCUAUCUGACUGUGGACAUGUGGUAGAUGAGGAAGGAGGUGCACACUCUGAAUAUGACGGGUAUCCAAAUGAGGGACUUUUGUCAAAACUUUGUGAUGCACAAGCCCCCAACAAAUCACCCCCAGGAAAUGAAACCUAUCUUGUGCAAUUCAUGGAGGAAUGGGGACUACACAUCCAAAUGGAAGACUAGCUUUAGAAACGUAGUUUAUUUGUUACGUCAAUAUUGUUGUGAGGCAUGCACAUACAGGCAGAUGAGUUCAACUACACUAAAAUAAAUCACUCAAGAAAAAGAUCAGUUUUUAUAAACAGAUUUUCCUCUAUAAGUUCAAAAUAUUUUUAAGUUUUUUAUAUUUUCCCCAAUUAUAUAUGUAAAAACAAUUUUUAACCUUUUUUUUUUUU